GGACCCGGACGCGACCAAGGGAAGGCAGAAGGUGCAAGCUUGCUCUGCUCACCACAGAAAAUUGCUUCUGGAUAUUAGGUGUGAAUUCUUUUUAGAACAAGGAAGACAUCCUGGGCUGUGGAGAGAGACUGACAAAAGGCCUGUGCAUAGACUUUCUCUGAACUCCAAGAUCAAACAGCUAAUGGACAUUUGGCAUUUCCACUCGGAUGUAUAAUCAUCAUCUCAAGGAUUGACGUAAAAGGACUCUUCACUUGUUCAAUAGAAUAAUCUAAAGAAAUCCAAGCAGGACAGGUGGUUCUAAAAGCCAUGAUCCAGGGAUUGGUGACAUUUAGGGAUGUGGCUGUAGAGUUCUCUCAGGAAGAAUGGAAGUGCCUAGAACCUGCCCAGAGGGACCUGUACAGGGAGGUGACUUUGGAAAACUUUGGCAACUUGGUCUCACUAGGACUUUCCAUUUCUAAGCCCGAUGUUGUCUCCUUACUGGAGCAAGGGAAAGAACCCUGGAUGGUUGUGAAUGAUAGGACAGGACCAUGGUGCCCAGACUUGGAGUCAAGAUGUAAGACCUUUCUGCAGAAAGAUACCUUUGAAGUCAUGUCAUUCAAUUGGGAGCUAAUGGAAAGCCUUCAGUGCUAUGAUGAAGACUGGGCAUACAAAGGCCAGUUUGAAAAACAACAAGUAAAUCAUGAGUGCUGUUUUAAGCAAGUGAAGAUCACCUAUGGCAACAUGCCCACUUUUGAGUGUGGGCAUACAUCACUCACCCUACAUCCCAGCGGUGAGACUGGUGAGAAAUCAAUUGAAUGUAACGAAUGUGGGAAAGCAUUCAGCCGUGGCUCACACCUUAUUCAACAUCAGAAAACGCAUACUGGUGAAAAACCCUUUGAAUGCAGGGAAUGUGGGAAGGCCUUCAGUCGUACCUCACACCUUGUUCAACAUCAGAGAAUUCAUACAGGUGAGAAACCUUAUGACUGCAAGGAGUGUGGGAAGGCCUUCGGUCGAACUUCAGAACUCAUUCUCCAUCAGAGACUUCAUACAGGUGUCAAACCUUAUGAAUGUAAAGAAUGUGGAAAGACCUUUCGACAGCAUUCACAACUUAUUCUGCAUCAUAGGACUCAUACAGGUGAGAAACCCUACGUCUGUAAAGACUGUGGCAAGGCCUUUAUUCGUGGCUCACAACUUACUGUUCAUCGGCGAAUUCAUACAGGUGCUAGACCCUAUCAGUGUAAAGAAUGUGGGAAGGCCUUUAGACAGCAUUCACAACUUACUGUACAUCAGAGAAUUCAUACCGGGGAGAAACCCUAUGAAUGUAAGGAAUGUGGCAAGGGCUUUAUUCAUAGCUCAGAAGUUACUCGACAUCAAAGAAUUCAUUCUGGGGAGAAACCCUAUGAAUGUAAAGAAUGUGGGAAGGCCUUUAGACAGCAUGCACAGCUUACACGACAUCAGAGAGUUCAUACAGGUGACAGACCCUAUGAGUGUAAGGACUGUGGAAAGGCCUUCAGUCGUAGUUCAUACCUUAUUCAACAUCAAAGAAUUCAUACAGGUGACAAGCCCUAUGAAUGCAAGGAAUGUGGGAAAGCCUUUAUUCGUGUUUCGCAACUGACUCAUCACCAGCGAAUUCAUACUUGUGAGAAACCCUAUCAAUGUAGGGAAUGUGGAAUGGCCUUCAUUCGUAGUUCACAACUUACUGAACAUCAAAGAAUUCAUCCUGGUAUCAAACCUUAUGAAUGUAGAGAAUGUGGGCAGGCCUUUAUUCUUGGCUCACAGCUCAUCGAACACUACAGAAUUCAUACUGGCUAG